AUGAAACAAAUUCUCUUCGUUCUCCUGUUAGUCAGUGGUAUUAAUUAUCUGCAAGCAGGUCCUGUACUUGAGUGGUUACAAAGUUUUGGUGGUUCUGGUGAUGUCAAAAACCGUGAGAAUGUUCCAACGGCAUCAGGCAUGGGAGACGACAAUGAGCAACGCCGAAUUAACACUGAUGGUGGAUCACCUUAUGUCAAAAACUCUGAGAAUGUUCCAAUGACAUCAGGAACUGCCAACGAAAUGGAGCAACGCCGAAUAGAAUGUAUGUCUUUACUUAUAUGA